AUGCAACUAUUGAUGCAAAUGUAUUUCCUUAGCAGUCGAUCCCUUGCGUCGCCUUUCUACCGGUGGCUGGUGUUGCGCCACUCUUCCACAAAAUUGUUUGUCGGAGGACUUUCUUAUGAUACCAAUGAACCUGUUCUGAAGAAUGCUUUCGAGAAGUAUGGCGAAGUAAUUCAAGUAAACGUUGUAUGUGACCAUGUAAGUAGCAAAUCAAAAGGAUAUGGAUUUGUUCGUUAUGCCGAGGAGACUGCAGCAAGCAAAGCCUUGAAGGAAAUGGAUGGCCAGUUGCUGGAUGGUAGAAAUAUUCGUCUCCAAUAUGCUCACAGAGGAUGA